GUGGGGCUGCUGUCCUGGGCAGCGUCCGCGGCGGCGACGGGACCGCUUGCAGACCCUUUAUUCAGACAGCAAGAUGCUAUGCCAGGCCUGUGAGAAGAAAGAUAAAAGACAUCCCCAGCCAUUUGGAUGAUCUUCCUCCCACAAUGCUGAAGAAGGAUUAUGCCAGUGUCCCAGUAAUCAACAGUGUCGAUGAUGUAGUAAGAAGACUUCUGUCACUGGAGAUGGCAAGCCAGAAGGAGAAGGUGAAAAUAAAGACGCAGCAGCUGGUGGAGAAGGUCAGGAGGUCUCCCAGUGACAGUGGCUCCUCUGAAGUGCAAGUUGCUAUACUGACUGCCAAGAUACGCACUUUAGACGAGCAUCUCCAGAGGCAUCCCAAGGAUAAGAGCAACCGCCGGUGCAUGCUGAUGGCCAUGGACCAGCGGAAGAAGCUCCUCUCCUACCUCCGCCGCGUCCGCUACGACGCCUUCGAGAACACCUGCAAGCUGCUGGGCAUUCAGUACACCAUCCCCCCUCUCUACAACAGGAAGCCCACCAAGCGCUGGCUGGUGAAGAAGGCCUUCUGUAUCAAGGUUUUCCAGGAGGCACAGAAGCUGAAAGCAGAGAAGCUGAAGCAGAAAAGAGAGUUGAAGGCAAGGGCAACGGAGAAGGCAGCACAGAGCGAGGAGACACCACAGAGCAAGGAGACACCACAGAGCAAGGAGACACCACAGAGCAAGGAGACACCACAGAGCAAGGAGACACCUGUGUAGUGGCCAGGGGAAGCCAGCCCCACCAGGCUCUUUAAUAAACAACCACCUAAAGAC